GCCCCGUCUGACUCAUCCUGACAACUUUCUUCCUGCCCCUGGCCACCUCUCUGGCCACUUGCUUCCUCAGUACGUUGGUCUAGCUCUUCCUGAAACAGCCCAGGAGCUCAGAGCUUCGCGUCUGACCUUCCAGUCAUGACCAGGACCAGGGCAGCACUCCUCCUGUUCACAGCCUUAGCGACUUCCCUGGGUUUCAACUUGGAGACAGAGCAGCUGACAGCCUUCCGUGUGGACAGCGCUGGGUUUGGAGACAGCGUGGUCCAGUACGCGAACUCCUGGGUGGUGGUUGGAGCCCCCCACGAGAUGACGGCUGCCAAUCAAACAGGAGGCCUCUACCAGUGCAGCUACAGCACCGGGGCCUGUCAGCCCAUCAGCCUGCAGGUCCCCCCGGAGGCAGUGAACAUGUCCCUGGGCCUGUCCCUGGCGGCUACCACCAGCCCCUCCCAACUGCUGGCCUGCGGCCCCACCAUGCACCACGCAUGCGGGAGGAACAUGUACCUAACUGGACUCUGCUUCCUCCUGGCCCCUGCCCACCUCACCCAGAGGCUCCCAGUGUCUAUGCAGGAGUGCCCGAGACAGGAGCAGGACAUUGUGUUCCUGAUCGAUGGCUCGGGCAGCAUCUUAUACAACAACUUUGCCAUGAUGAAGAGCUUCGUGAGAGCUGUGAUGAGCCACUUCCAGAGACCCAGCACCCAAUUUUCCCUGAUGCAGUUCUCCAGCAAAUUCAAAACACACUUCACUUUCGAGGAAUUCAGGGAGAGCUCAAACCCCCUCAGCCUGUUGGCUUCUGUUGACCAGCUGGGAGGAUACACACACACGGCCACCGCCAUCCAAAAAGUUGUGAAAGAAUUGUUCCUUGCCUCAAAUGGGGCCCGCAGAGAGGCCACCAAGAUCCUCAUUGUCAUCACUGAUGGGAAGAAAGAAGGCGACUGGCUGGACUAUGAUGAUGUCAUCCCCAUGGCGGACAAAGCAGGCAUCAUCCGCUAUGCAAUUGGGGUUGGUUCAGCUUUUCAAAACAGAAAUUCCUGGAAAGAAUUAAAUGACAUUGCAUCGAAGCCCUCCCAGGAACACAUAUUUAAAGUGGAGGACUUUGAUGCUCUGAAAGAUAUUCAGAACCAACUGAAGGAGAAGAUCUUUGCCAUUGAGGGUACCGAGACUACAAGCAGUAGCUCCUUUGAAUUGGAGAUGGCACAGGAAGGCUUCAGUGCUGUGUUCUCACCUGAUGGCCCCAUCCUGGGGGCUGUGGGGAGCUUCAGCUGGUCUGGAGGUGCCUUCCUGUACCCCUCAAAUAUGAACCCCACCUUCAUCAACAUGUCUCAGGAGAAUGUGGACAUGAGGGACUCUUACCUGGGUUACUCCACCCAGUUGGCCCUGUGGAAGGGGGUACAGAGCCUGGUCCUGGGGGCCCCCCGCUACCAGCACACCGGGAAGGCUGUCAUCUUCACCCAGGUGUCCAGGCGAUGGAGGAUGAAGGCCGAGGUCACAGGGACCCAGAUAGGCUCCUACUUUGGGGCCUCCCUCUGCUCUGUGGACAUGGACAGCGAUGGCAGCACCGACCUGAUCCUCAUCGGGGCCCCGCAUUACUAUGAGCAGACCCGAGGGGGCCAGGUGUCCGUGUGCCCCUUGCCCAGGGGGUGGAGCAGGUGGUGGUGUAAUGCGGUUCUCCGAGGGGAGCAGGGCCACCCCUGGGGCCGCUUUGGGGCAGCUCUGACAGUACUGGGGGACGUGAAUGGGGACAAGCUGAUGGAUGUGGCCAUCGGGGCCCCAGGAGAGGAGGAGGACCGGGGUGCUGUCUACCUGUUUCACGGAGACUCGGGACCCAGCAUCAGCCCCUCCUACAGCCAGCGGAUCACGGGCUCCCAGCUCUCCUCCAGGCUGCAGUAUUUUGGGCAGGCGCUGAGCGGGGGUCAGGACCUCACCCAGGAUGGGCUAGUGGACCUGGCGGUGGGGGCCCGGGGCCAGGUGCUCCUGCUCAGGACCAGACCUGUGCUCUGGGUGAGGGCAAGCAUGCAGUUCAUACCUGCUGAGAUCCCCCGGUCUGUGUUUGAGUGUCAGGAGCAGGAGGUCUCUGACCAGCCCCUGGGAUAUGCCAGCAUCUGCCUUUACAUUGACAACAUUUCCAAGAACCUGCUCAGGAGCCGUGACCUCCAAAGCUCUGUGACCUUGGACCUGGCCCUUGACCCUGGCCGCCUGAGUCCCCGUGCCACUUUCCAAGAAACAAAGAGCCGGAGUCUGAGCCGAGUCCAAGUCCUCGGGCUGCAGACACACUGUGAAAACUUCAAUCUGCUGCUCCCGGCCUGCGUGGAGGACUCUGUGACUCCCAUCACCUUGCGUCUGAACUUCACACUGGUGGGCGAGCCCCUCCCUUACUUCAGAAACCUGCAGCCUAUGCUGGCCACUGAUGCUCAGAGAUACUUCACAGCCUCCCUUCCCUUUGAGAAGAACUGUGGAGCCGACCAUAUCUGCCAGGAUGAUCUCGGCAUCUCCUUCAGCUUCCCAGGCUUGAAGACCUUGCUGGUGGGGAGUAACCUGGAGCUAAAUGCAGAAGUGAUGGUGUGGAACGACGGGGAAGACUCCUACGGAACCACCAUCACCUUCUCCCACCCGGGGGGACUGUCCUUCCGCCACGUGGCAGAGGGCCAGGUGCUCCCUCUGGGAAAGGAGGAGGCGGCUGGGCUGGGUAAACAGGGACAGCUGCGCUCCCUGCGCCUGACAUGUGACAGCGCCCCAGCUGGGAGCCAGGGCAUCUGGAGCACCAGCUGCAGAAUCAACCACGUCAUCUUCCGUGGGGGCGCCCAGAUCACCUUCUUGGCUACCUUUGACAUCUCCCCCAAGGCUGUCCUGGGAGACCAGCUGCUUCUGGUAGCCAAUGUGAGCAGUGAGAACAACACCCCCAGGACCAGCAAGACCACCUUCCAGCUGGAGCUCCCAGUGAAGUAUGCUGUCUACACUGUGGCCAGCAGCCAUGAACAAUCCACCAAGUACUUCAACUUCUCAGCCGCCGAGGAGAAGGAAAGCCGUGUGGCCACACACAGAUACCAGGUCAACAACCUUGGACAGAGGGACUUGCCUGUCAGCAUCAACCUCUGGGUGCCUGUGGAGCUGAACCAGGAGGCUGUGUGGACGGAGGUGGAGAUCUCCCAUCCCCAGGACCCAUCCCUUCAGUGCUCCUCCGAGAAAAUCGCACCCCCAGUGUCUGACUUCCUGGUGCACAUUCAGAAGAAUCCUGUGCUGGACUGCACCAUUGCCGGCUGCCUGCGGUUCCGCUGUGACGUCCCCUCCUUCAGCGUCCAGGAGGAGCUGGACUUCACCCUGAAGGGCAACCUCAGCUUUGGCUGGGUCCGCCAGACGUCGCAGAAGAAGGUAUCGGUAGUGAGUGUGGCUGAAAUUACAUUCGACACAUCCGUGUACUCCCAGCUUCCGGGACAGGAGGCAUUUAUGAGCGCUCAGACGAUGACGGUGCUGGAGAAGUACAAGAUCCACAACCCCACUCCCCUCAUCGUGGGCAGCUCCGUGGGGGGUCUGCUGCUGCUGGCGCUCAUAACAGCUGCACUGUACAAAGUUGGCUUUUUCAAGCGUCAGUACAAGGAAAUGAUGGAGGAGGCAAAUGGACAAAUUGCCCCAGAAAACAGGACAUCAGACCCCCAGCCUGCCCAGUGAGAGAUGAUCCCUUCUUGGCCUUGGACUUCCUCUCCCUCUCAAUGGUUCUACAUUUACUUACCCUUACCUGUCAGGCCCGAGGGGGAGGAACCAUUGCACCAAGAGAGGCUGGGAUCAGCCUGCUUCCUGUCUUUGGGAGGAGCAUCUUGCUUGGGAAGGGGCCUGUGUCUUGUCAAGGUUCCAAUUGAAAACCCUUAGGACAGGGUCCCUGCUAUGUUCCCCAAAGAGUUUGACUUGCAAUUUCUACCUAGAAAUACAUGGACAAUACCCUCAGGCUUCCGUCUCCCUUCCCCCAUGAGGCAUGGCAUCUUUUUUUCUUUUUUGGAGAUGGAUUCUUGCUCUGUCACCCAGGCUGGAGUGUGAUCUUGGCUCCUGCAACCUCCGCCUCCUGGGUUCAAGUGAUUCUCCUGCCUCAGUCUCCUGAGUAGCUGGGAUUACAGGCACGCACCACCAUGCCGGGCUAACUUUUGUAUUUUUAGUAGAGAUGGGGUUUCACCAUAUUGGUCAGGCUGGUCUUGAACUCCUGAUCUCAGGUGAUCCACCUGCCUUGGUAUCCCAAAGUGCUGGGAUUACAGGCUUGAGCUACCUCGCCCAGCCGGAUCUUUCUAAAAUACAGUUCUGAACACGCUGCUCAUCCCCACCCAUCUUCAGUGGCUCCCCAUUACCCUCAGGACAAUGUCUGAACUCUCCAGCAUCAUGUGAGAAGUCCCCUUCCAUCCCAGAGUGGGGGCUUCAGGGCACAUGGUGUGAGAAGCCCUGUGGCCCCUAUCACCAUCAUCACCAUUGUUUCCAGUGAAUUAGUGUCAUGUCAGCAUCAGCUCAUGGCUUCAUCGCAGGGCUCUCCCUCACGACUUCCCAGGCUGAAUUGGGAGUGAGAUGCCUGGGUGCUGGGUUCUGCAGAGAUGGCCUCCAGCGUUGGGCAGCCUCGCUGGCUGGAAGGGAGGAGUGCCCCCUAGGGAGGGACAUGGCCGGGGUGUGGAUGCAGCUCACCCAGCCCAGGGGCAGAAGAGACCCAAUCACUUCUAUUUUUUGAGGCUACAAAUAUAGUAAAUGAAGAAAUGCCAGGAUACAAUCAUUUUUAAAGAGUGCACUUUAAAUGUUAGUGUCAAUAAAUUAAAACAUGCCCACAAA